AGGACAAGGCGAAAUGAAACGAAGAAGACUUUGACAUCAGUUAAACAUCUAGAGUGUGUUCUUGUUCCGGCAACAGCAGAAGGGACCUGAUCCACAUUUCAUGUUCACACCUGUUUUUGGCAACUUCGGAUCUUCAAAGCCACGAAAAUAUGCAUCUUUUGGGCAUGUGGAAAGAGGAAAAACCUAAACCUCAGUCUUGGGCGGCCAAGAACCGUGUGAGGGCGAUUGUAAUAUACCACAAGGUGGCGGUAACAUCCCCAUGUGGACGUAGAAGAGUCAUUCACAGGAGACGAAGAAGAAAAGGCGUUUUGUUAGCUGACGAAGCCCUAGUGUCAGUGAGUAUGCAGUCUUCCUGGAGAAAAUCUCAGCAGACGGCGCGUGAGUCGAGAGGUUGUCAAACCACAGCCAUUCACAGUGCUGAAGCAGGAGUACAAACUCGUUCCAGUGUUUUCAGCAGUACUCAGACCGAGCUCCAGGAUCAUGUAACCGCACAAUUUCUCCAGGACCCCCAAAAUACGCUGCAUUUGUCCAGCUUGAAGGACUUCCUACAUCAUGUUGAAGUCCCCAUCAUCCGAGAGCUGGUCAGAAAUUCCAAGAGUCAUGCUUUUGAUGGCUUUCAGGUGAACUGGGAAGAACACAAUCAGAUGGUUUUGUGCCUUCACCAACUUCAACAUCCGAGGGCACUUGAGCGAGAUCUUCAUGUAACAAGUCUGUCCUGGAGUUGUACUGGUGCAGUAAUAGUCUGUGCUUAUGGCAGGCAAUAUGUCUGUGUGACUGGAAGGAUGGCAGAAGGUGAUUGGAGUAAUGACAAGUCAUAUGUUUGCACAUGGAACCUAGACCAUGGAGGUCUCAACACCAACCAAGCUGAUCUGGUCAUUGAUGUUCCGACUGCAGUGACAUCUCUGUCUUGUCACCCCAAGCACCCCGCUCUCAUUGCAGGUAGUUUGCACAGUGGGGAAGUGGUGAUCUGGGACACCAGUCAGUCUACAGAUCCAAUACUGGCACAAACUGGCAUGUCUGCAGAUAGCCACAGAGAGCCUGUUUGUCAGGUUACUUGGGUACCCCUGCAGAAUAAAGGAGAGUUUGGUGUUCUGAGUGCAUGCUCGGGAGGAAGGAUUCUGCUGUGGACAGUGAACUCAGACCAAGGAAAAUUUGUCCUGAAAGCAGCCUUUGCACUCGUGCAACAACAGGUUCUUUCGAGCAGCGCCAGCUUCAAGGGCCAAGGCACCAGCACUACCCCAGCUGCAGUCUCAUCUGAAAAUCAGAGUGUGCCACUAAAAGCUCCAGCUGUCUUCUCCUUUAGGCCAGGUAGUGGCCCUGUCAACUCCAUACACUGCUCACCUUUUCAUCGGAACCUGUUUUUGAGUGCGGGAACUGAUGGCCUCGCUCACCUACAUUCCCUGCUACAGACCAACCCAUUGCGCUCAUUUCGAGUGUCAGACACUUGUGUUUUUAAGGUGCAAUGGUCUCCAACCAGACUGCUGCUUUUUGCCGCAGCCACGGAACAAGGUGAGGUGCAAAUAUUCGAUCUGAGUCGCAGGUCCCUGAGACCAGCAGCCACCAUUGACCCAGGAGGCGUUGGCCACGCUGCAACCUGUUUGGCCUUCAACUGCCAAAACCAUCAACUCCUGGCAGUGGGUAAAACAGAUGGGACUGUUGAUAUUUGGAAGCUCAGCAGCGAUUUGACAGAGCAGAUCCCCACAGAGGGCCAGCUUCUGGAGCAGAUAGCCAAUCAAGUAGCAGAUUGACAGGAUGGGCUGGAUGGAGACUACGGCAAGGGAAUAUUUCAGUCACUGUGAUUUGACGGGCGCGAUCGCAUCGCACUCUCAAAACUCCACAGUUGAGCACGAAAAAUCAUGCAUGUAAAAUUUGUUCCAAGUAGAAAUACAAAGACAUUUUCAGCGCACAUGAAAACAAUAGAUACUUUUGACUGACGUCAUGCCGACCACGGGUUUGUUUGUUUUGGACGGCAAGAUCGUAAAUAUCAUGGGUAGGAAGCGAUAAAUAUUUACUGUAAUGUUUUGGCUACAGUUAUCAUUUGAUCUUUUAUCUUAAAAGUCCUUUGACAAACUAACACUGUAACCAGAAGUGCUGUGCUGGUGUGAGGAAUAAAGAAAGAAGAAAGAAGCCACAUGUGAAACUAAGCUUUGUGUCGACGAGACAGGACAAUUAGGAAGUGAGCUCGGCGGGGCGAAAUAAACAUCACGCACAUUAAAAAGUA